GAGGACUUAUUUCCAACACCUGCUGGGCCGCGACCCCGCCUGGGGACAGACGUACCGCCGCGUGCACCCUCACCACGCCCUAGCCAGGCAACCCCCGGCCUCAGCGGCGCGCCGGGGUGGAGCCCGGCCGGGACCCUGCUGGGCCUCCGACGCUCGGGGGCCAGAACCGCAUCCCACCUGCCAGCUAGUCGGGGCCCAGGCAGCGGCCGUCCCCUCCCGCCCGGCUCCGCGUAAAACCCGGAGCGGAGGCCGGUCCCGGCUCCCUCGAGGCGGCGCGGCGCGGCGCGGCGGACUGGGCAUGCGCAAUGCGCAAGGCCGGCUCCCAGCGCCAAAAGGAAGCGUUCUCAGAGAUCGCAGCGGCUGCGCCGGGGUAUGCGGAACGGGCUCGCGUGGCUGCUGCAUCCCGCGCUGCCCAGCACCUUGCGCUCCAUCCUCGGCGCCCGCCGGCCGCUCGCGAAGCGACAGUGUGGUUUCCAAAGAAAGACUUACAGCAAGAUGAGCAAUCCGGCUAUCCAGAGAAUAGAAGACCAAAUCGUCAAGUCUCCUGAAGACAAGCGAGAGUAUCGUGGGCUGGAGCUGGCCAAUGGCAUCAAAGUGCUUCUCAUCAGUGACCCCACCACGGACAAGUCAUCGGCGGCACUCGACGUGCACAUAGGUUCAUUGUCAGACCCUCCAAAUAUUGCUGGCUUAAGUCAUUUUUGUGAACAUAUGCUGUUUUUGGGAACAAAGAAAUAUCCUAAAGAAAAUGAAUACAGCCAGUUUCUCAGUGAGCAUGCUGGAAGUUCAAAUGCCUUUACUAGUGGAGAGCAUACCAAUUACUAUUUUGAUGUUUCCCAUGAACACUUAGAAGGAGCCCUGGACAGGUUUGCCCAGUUUUUCCUGUGCCCACUGUUCGAUGCAAGCUGUAAAGACAGAGAGGUGAAUGCAGUUGAUUCGGAGCACGAGAAGAACGUGAUGAACGACGCCUGGAGACUCUUCCAGCUCGAAAAAGCUACCGGGAAUCCCAAGCACCCCUUCAGCAAAUUUGGAACAGGAAACAAAUACACUCUAGAGACUCGACCCAACCAAGAAGGCAUCGAUGUAAGGCAAGAACUCCUGAAAUUCCAUUCUACGUAUUAUUCAUCCAAUCUGAUGGCUAUUUGUGUUUUAGGUCGAGAAUCUUUAGAUGACCUAACUAAUCUGGUGGUGAAGCUAUUUUCUGAAGUCGAGAAUAAAAAUGUCCCUUUGCCUGAAUUUCCUGAGCACCCUUUCCAAGAAGAACAUCUUAAACAACUUUAUAAAAUAGUACCCAUUAAGGAUAUUAGGAAUCUGUAUGUGACAUUUCCCAUACCAGACCUUCAGCAGUACUACAAAUCUAAUCCUGGUCAUUAUCUUGGUCAUCUAAUUGGGCAUGAAGGUCCUGGAAGCCUGCUGUCAGAACUCAAGUCAAAGGGCUGGGUAAAUACCCUGGUUGGUGGACAGAAGGAAGGAGCCCGGGGUUUUAUGUUUUUCAUCAUUAAUGUGGACUUAACUGAGGAAGGGCUAUUACAUGUUGAAGAUAUAAUUUUGCACAUGUUUCAAUACAUUCAGAAGCUACGUGCAGAAGGACCUCAAGAAUGGGUUUUCCAAGAGUGCAAGGACUUGAAUGCUGUUGCCUUUAGGUUUAAAGAUAAAGAAAGACCACGAGGCUACACAUCCAAGCUUGCAGGGAAAUUGCAUUAUUAUCCCCUAAAUGGAGUACUCACGGCUGAAUAUUUACUGGAAGAAUUUAGACCCGACUUGAUAGACAUGGUUCUUGAUAAGCUGAGACCAGAGAAUGUCCGGGUGGCAAUAGUUUCCAAAUCAUUUGAAGGGAAAACUGACCGCACAGAGCAAUGGUAUGGAACCCAGUACAAGCAGGAAGCUAUCCCAGAGGAAGUCAUUCAGAAAUGGCAAAAUGCUGAACUGAACGGGAAAUUUAAACUUCCAACAAAGAAUGAAUUUAUUCCUACAAAUUUUGAGAUUUUAUCAUUAGAAAAAGAUGCAACACCAUACCCUGCUCUUAUUAAGGAUACAGCCAUGAGUAAGCUGUGGUUCAAGCAAGAUGAUAAAUUUUUCUUGCCGAAAGCUUGUCUCAACUUUGAGUUUUUCAGUCGCUACAUUUAUGCUGAUCCUCUCCAUUGCAACAUGACAUACCUGUUUAUCAGGUUAUUGAAGGAUGAUUUAAAAGAGUAUACAUAUGCAGCACGCCUGUCAGGUUUGAGCUAUGCCAUUGCAUCAGGGAUGAAUGCAAUACUUCUCUCAGUGAAAGGUUAUAAUGACAAACAGCCAAUUUUGCUAAAGAAGAUUACCGAAAAAAUGGCUACUUUUGAGAUUGAUAAAAAAAGAUUUGAAAUUAUCAAAGAGGCGUAUAUGCGAUCGCUUAACAAUUUCCGGGCUGAGCAGCCCCACCAGCAUGCCAUGUACUACCUCCGCUUGCUGAUGACCGAAGUGGCCUGGACUAAAGAUGAGUUAAAAGAAGCCCUGGACGAUGUUACCCUACCCCGACUUAAGGCCUUCAUACCUCAGCUACUGUCUCGGCUGCACAUCGAAGCCCUUCUCCAUGGCAACAUAACAAAGCAGGCUGCAUUAGGAAUUAUGCAGAUGGUUGAGGACACCCUUAUUGAGCAUGCUCACACCAAGCCUCUCCUUCCAAGUCAGCUAGUUCGGUACAGAGAAGUCCAGCUCCCUGACAGAGGAUGGUUUGUUUAUCAGCAGAGGAAUGAAGUUCACAAUAACUGUGGCAUCGAGAUCUACUAUCAGACAGACAUGCAGAGCACCUCGGAGAACAUGUUCCUGGAGCUUUUCUGUCAGAUUAUCUCUGAGCCUUGCUUCAACACCCUACGCACCAAGGAGCAGCUGGGCUAUAUUGUCUUCAGUGGACCUCGCCGAGCCAAUGGCAUCCAGGGCUUACGCUUCAUCAUCCAGUCAGAAAAACCACCUCAUUACCUGGAGAGCAGAGUAGAAGCCUUCUUACUCACCAUGGAAAAGGCCAUAGAGGACAUGACAGAGGAGGCCUUCCAGAAACACAUUCAAGCGUUAGCAAUCCGUCGACUCGACAAACCAAAGAAGCUCUCUGCAGAGUGUGCUAAAUACUGGGGGGAGAUCAUCUCGCAGCAGUACAAUUAUGACAGAGAUAACAUAGAAGUUGCAUAUUUAAAGACACUUACCAAGGAUGAUAUCAUCAAAUUCUACAAGGAAAUGUUGGCUGUGGAUGCACCGAAAAGACAUAAAGUGUCCGUCCAUGUUCUUGCCAGGGAAAUGGAUUCUUGUCCUGUUGUUGGAGAAUUCCCCUCUCAGAAUGAUAUAAACUUGUCAGAAGCACCAGCCUUGCCACAACCCGAAGUGGUUCAUAACAUGACAGAGUUCAAGCGUGGCCUGCCUCUGUUUCCCCUUGUGAAACCGCAUAUUAACUUCAUGGCUGCAAAACUCUGAAGAGAAUGGAUUCGUUCCUGUGUCUCCCAAGGCCUGGGAAAGCAAUCUUAACCACUUGAGUAGUUUCUGGCUUGCUAUUAGACAGACAAACAGAAAAGAGUUAUCAGACGUUAUUAUGUAGAAAUGUUAAAAACCCAAAGUAAUAAAAUUAUAAAAUCUUAUAGAUGUAGAAUAUUUUUAAAACACAUGCCUCUUAAAUAUCCUAAUUUUUUUUUCCUUUUUAGUCCUCAGAGAAAUUCCCUUAUAUUAACUGUUUAAUCUGAAGAAAGCUACCCCAAUAGAAUCCUUCUUCCUUAUCCUGUGAAAUAGUCACUUGUCCGAAGAUAAUAAGAGUUUUUUUCUAAAAGAUUUCAAAAACAUUUAGAAAGGGUUACCUUUUAAAGAACCGAUCCUCAACUCUGCUUUCUAUUUGAUAGUUUCCUAUAAAUCAACCGAAAACAUUACAUUUGGCAGAUAACACACAAAGCAAUGUCAUUUUCUUUUAUUAGUGAACGUGCUGAUUAUCUAAGGCAUGGUUUUAAUGUUUUUAUAAAAUUUGGGUAUGUUUUUUAAUCUUCUUAGCCAAAUGCUGGAAAGCCCUAGAACACCCGAUUUACAGUGCUAGAAACCCAGAUUAACCUUACAUCAAGUUGGGAAUUUCUCAGGAUUCCUGUGGGUUCUCUCUCAUUGAAUUCUGUUGACAUUUCUGUUUUUCUGUAGUUGGUUUGCGGUGUUCCGUCAGCAGAUGCUUGCUGCUGUAUAGCGUGUGAGACAUGCUGGGCUAACAUCAGCUCUUGUAACUCCCUGUAAUUGCUAGGGUGAAAUUGUGAUCAGUGUGUGAACUAAACCAUUUGCCCCUUAGGGUCUCAAAAGGCAGCAAAUACAAAGGCACCUCUUUGGAGAUAGGAAACGGUUACGUUCUUAAAUAGCCAGUCUCCUUCAGACUCUAAACGCCCUCGCUGCUUCCGGUCUCAUCUUGCCUUAAGUGUUAUUUUUUUGAAUAUAUGAAUAUAAACAUACAGAUGAUGACUGGAGUGGACUUUUAAAAAAUAUUUUUUUCACAAGAUACUAUUUUAGGUGAAAAUGUUACUGUAGAUUUAACAGCUGUUUUAAAAUAUUUGCUAUUAUUAAGACUUGCUUCAAGAGCAAGCGUGGCUGUUUCCACACACCGGCAAUAGUGAUAGAAAGUGCUCCUGUUUGUCCGCUGACUCAAGCAAGGUACAGAAUGGCGUUUCCAAGUGACGUUUUACUGCCCCAUAGGACUUGGUUUGCCAGGAUUUUCUGCUCUAGAGUCUUGGCUUUUCACAGCUUAAGUUUUCAUAUUUGCCAUUUUCCAAAUAACUUGUGAACUUGGGCGGCCGUGGAGGCCGCUCUCCCCGUGGUGCUGCGACGUCUUUUAUCCAUGCAUUUUAAGAGCCUCUCGGUGAAAAUCCUGUCCUUGUCCGUCCCAUCAGAAGGUCUGAGUCACCAUUUCCUUCUCGUCUGAGCAAUUGGCCAAGUAGCCAAGGCUGACUUUGAACUCCUGAUCCUCCUGCCUCCACCUCUCAAGGGCCGGGAUUAGGCGUGCGCCACCCUGCCCAACUUGACUAUGCAGCUUUUCAUCGAACUGCAAAAUAUAUACAAGACAAAUCCAACACUAGUCCUGAGUGUUUGAAUCCAUCAUUGUAAAAGCAAAUAACAGUCUGCUACCUUUUCUGUAAAUGAUUACAUGCCGUCGAGUAACUUAGCUCUUUUUCAAAAGAUGGGUACAGUUAAAAGCAUGUCUUUGGUAUGAGAAAAGGCCCUUGAAGCGAUUGGAAAACGAUCCCAUGUCAUCCUCCAUGAACCUGCACGUGGUGUUGAGUGUGCUUCAGAGCUCCUGUGUGUCACUUGGCAUCCUGACAGGUUCAUCGCAGCGGGUCCAGGUUGUGGUCCAUGAACUAGAACAGACUGCCCAGAGACUGCCAUGUACUCACGCUUAGCAAGUGAGAUUUGUGAAAAAGUCAUGUUACCAGAGACUUAGAAGAGUCUUUUUGAUCAGUUGAUGUGUAAGAGCAUGUGACACUGCCAGGAUGGUGGGGUCCUAGGGUUGUCCUGUUUACAAUAAAUCUCCUGAACCCAA